AUGAAAGUAACUAUCAGCCAAUUUCCAUCUUAUCAGCCGCGUCAAAACGUGCAGCUUUGUGGUUACCUGUUGGAGCAUAAGAUCCUGAGUCCGUACCAGUGUGGCUUUCGCAAGCUCCAUUCUACCCAAUCUGCUGCUCUCUCGUUCGCUGAUACCAUCAGGCGUAACAUUGAUCAAGGAAUCAUGACUGGAGCUGUGUUUAUAGAUUUAAGUAAAGCCUUUGACAGCAUUGACCAUAGCAUCUUAUUGAAGAAGCUCCUCUCUAUGAGUAUUGUUGGCAGGGAACAUGAAUGGUUUGCGGACUAUCUUCGUGGUAGAACGCAAAUUGUUGACUAUCAAGGAACGUUUUCAGAUCAAGAGGCAGUUACUGUUGGUGUACCCCAAGGGUCUUUUCUCGGCCCUUUGCUGUUUGUAUUACAUGUGAAUGAUUUGCCGAGUGUUAUUCGACAUUGCCAGAUUCUUAUGUACGCCGACGACACAGUAGUUUUUUUAUUCUGGGAAGAUUGCGUCAACAAUUGUGAGUAA